UUACCAGGCUUCAAACAUAAACAAUUCUUUUUUAAUAAAUUUCUACUGAGGUGCAAUGAGGUCUUUUGGUGGUACACGAUUUUUUGAUCUCGCUUUGAAAAUUAUCUCUACUUUGGGAUCUAGCUAUAAAGCUAAUCAGGAUCAAUAUCUUAAUUCUUACUAUCAUCAUUUCACACUAGCCGCGUCAGUCACAAUCGGAAUUUUGCCGAGAUCGGAAGUGAGCUAGUAAGAAUUCGUCAUCCGAUACAGAUAAAGACCCGACUUUGGCGCAUUUGCAAACUGCAUUUUCAUGACCCAAAGAUAUUGCCAGUGCUGGUUUCCCAGCUCCAACGACAUAGUCCGUUACAAGGGCCAUAUACCUGACUUGGUCAAGUGUCGAUGCGGAGAGUAUGGUGUCGGCAAUGGCUACUCCUGGCAAUGGGACACCACAGAAGAGUCGGAUGCUUUGGUCACUGAAAGAGACAUUACUUUUCAUCCCACCAGAAGUCAGGGAACCGCCAUUGUGAAGGGAAAAAAGUCUCUAGAACCCGGCAUGGUGCAUUAUUGGGAGAUGCUUGCUAUAUCUCCUCUGUACGGCACAGAUGUAAUGUUUGGCAUCGGUACGCAGAGCAUAGAUUCCGGACAACAUAGAUUCCAAUAUGUUUCUGCUUUGGGUAGCAAUGCCCAUUCCUGGGGUCUUUCGUACUCCGGCCAGAUCCAAAACUGCGGCGAGCGGCUGCCCUACGCCCAAAAGUUCUCCCAGGGCUGUCUGAUUGGUGUCUAUUUGGAUCGUAGUCGCGGCCACUUGGAGUUCUAUAUAAACCGAAAGGCGUUAGGAGUGGCCUACACCAAUGUGCCGGUGGAUCCAAACGUAAAGAUAUAUCCAAUGGUCUGCUCUACAGCAUUAAAGUCUGUGAUAAGACUAACCAACUGCACUUCGUUACCGGAUACUUUGCUGCUUCGCUCCUUGCAAGCGUUAUCAAGAAAGCAGCUCUCCGAACUUCGCAAAUUUCCGGGAUUCAGGUCAUUCCUUAAAACCCACUGGUUCCUGACUCUAUAAUA